GUAAACGCCAGCAUCUCCUGCACUGUCAUCUGUCCCUGGACUCCUCUCUGCCAGAGGACAUCUUCAUGUCCUGUUAUUUUUUUUUAUCUGGGAAAUUGACUUUUGAGGAAGACCAGCAAAAUGAAGUUUGUUCGCUCUCUGAUGAAGGCUUCAGCGCUGGCCAACGUGCCCAAACACAUCGAUCAUUUCUCCAAGUUCUCCCCUUCUCCUCUGUCGAUGAAGCAGUUCUUGGAUUUCGGUUCCAUCAAUGCCUGCGAGCGCACGUCGUUCGUCUUCCUUCGUCAGGAGCUUCCUGUCCGUUUGUCCAACAUCAUGAAGGAGAUCAACCUGCUGCCUGAUCGGAUGCUGGCCACGCCCUCUGUCCACCUGGUCCAGAGCUGGUACAUCCAGAGUCUCAUGGAGAUCCUGGAGUUUCUGGACAAGAACCCUGACGACCAGAGAGUCCUCGAGACGUUUGUGGAGGUCUUACAGGGCAUCAGGAACCGGCACAACGAGGUGGUCCCCACCAUGGCUCAGGGAAUCAUCGAGUACAAAGAUGCCUUCGGCCAGCAGGACGCUGUUACUGACCACAACAUCCAGUACUUCCUGGACCGCUUCUACACCAGCCGCAUCUCCAUCCGCAUGCUCAUCAACCAGCACACUCUAGUCUUCAAUGGCAACAUAAAUCCCGCCCACCCCAACACCAUUGGCUGUAUUGACUCCAUAUGUGAUGUGACAGAGGUUGCACGAGACGCCUACGAGAGCGCUAAGUUGCUGUGUGAGCAGUAUUACCUGGGAGCACCGGAGCUGGAGUUGAGGCAGAUGAAUGCCAACAACAUCAGAGAGCCCAUCUAUAUCUCCUACAUCCCAUCACACCUGUAUCAUAUGCUCUUUGAACUCUUCAAGAACGCCAUGAGAGCAACCAUUGAGACCCACGAGGCCAGCAGGACCCUCCCGCCCAUCAAAGUCAUGGUAGCUCUUGGUGGUGAAGACCUGUCAAUCAAGAUGAGUGACAGAGGAGGUGGCGUCCCCUUCAGAAAGACAGAGCGGCUGUUCAGCUACAUGUACUCCACAGCUCCCAGACCCUCCAUGACAGACAAACACAGAGCCCCGCUGGCCGGGUUUGGCUAUGGUCUGCCCAUCUCUCGUCUCUACGCUCGCUACUUCCAGGGAGACUUACAGCUUUACUCUAUGGAGGGUCACGGCACCGACGCUGUCAUACACCUGAAGGCAUUGUCUACAGAGUCAGUGGAGAGGCUGCCAGUCUUUAACAAGACGGCUUUGCGCCACUACAAGCUGAGUUUGGAGGCAGACGAUUGGUGCAUUCCCUCCAAGGAGCCGCUGGACCUGGCCAUCUACCGCGCCGCCAAGUGAUUUAUUCACGACCUGACGUGACUUCUGAUGCAAACAAGACUGACCAUGAAGUGUCUUUUUUGAGGCAGGGCAUUGUGGGACCAGUGACCAAUAGCGGCCAAAGAGAUCAGAGAGAAGGCCGAGCGACAGCGUCCCGGCUGUCUGGGAACUUCCUUGAUUGGAGCGAGCGUCUUCUUCAUGUAUCUCCUCCUGCCUUCUUUACAUGUGUGCUGCAGAUGAAGGAAGAGAUGGCGGACAGGCAAAGAUGCAUGGGUGGAAAUCCAGAAAGAGGGAGAACGAGAUGGAGUGAAUGCAGCUGAUGGUGGAGCUGUAGAUAUGAAGAAAGUAUCUAAUGGACAUUUCCUAACAGAUAAUGAAGUGAAAUUUAAAAAAACAGAAAUGUUGUUUCUUAGAGAAAUCACUGGUCAGUGGCGUCUGACAGUGUUUUGAUAUUGGUGUAACAAUCCAGUAUUGGCAGCUCUUCACAGACGAGCUGUUUCACAAUGCUGGAAACAAACAAGCGACAAGAUCAAAACAAACAUUUGAUGUACUUAACAGUUUAACUGGGAGAUUUUCACAGCUUUUACACUUUCUGCCAGUUGUCUGUCAUUUACACUCACUCAGCUGCUUGUCUGCAAACUAUCAGAUGGAUUGUUGAUGUGCAUUAAGACACUCUGUUAGUGUUCCUGAACAAUAGAUGAUCACAGUCCACUCUGUUUGAGGGCAGAUACAGAUAGUAGUGAUACUGCCAUGCAGAGAGCAUAUAAAGCAGACAACUGGCCAGCUCACUGACCACAGAUCAAGUCUCAUGGUGAGAAAAUUCAGAUUUGUAUUUUGUCUUUCAGUCUUUGAUAUUAGGAAGAGACUGUCAACAGUUAAACGUUGUGAACGUUCCAGCAUCUGAUGUGAAGACAUUGCUUUGGAACACAGAGAAACGGUUGUGUCUGUUAAUAACAGCUGACUCAAUCUGCAUUGAGAGGUCUCCAUACGUCCAGGCAGCAGUAAGGUGUUCAGAUGAGAGAGCUCGCCGAAUGUUUUCAAGGGUUUUGAUAAGUCCAGAACAAAAAGCAGCACGUCUUCCAGCUGAUAUUAUUCCAACCCUAACCUCACACAGAAAAGCACAUUUCACCCAAAUGCCAGUAAUCUUGUUUUUCAUUUUUAGGACGCUUACGAGGUCUUUAUCUUUCAAGAUGCCAGGAGAGGGUUUGUCCUCUUGACUGAGAAGUGCACUUAUUUUCUUUUUUCCACAAGAAACACAACAUUUCCUCUUUGUGUGCCUCGCCUGCUAUUAGAGUGAAUCGGUCAGUGGGAAUACUCUGCAAACUGGUGCUGUUUAACUUUUGCCUGUCUUCAACAAAUUGACUGUAAGUGAAUCCUCUCUGAAAUUCCUGCUUUGUGGCCUUUUGCCCCUUUGAGAUACAGAACAAACAGAUGUUUCACUGCUCAGUUUCUGGUUCGAGUUGAGCAGACACUGGAACACUGUUAGUGUUAAGAUAACCUGUCUUCUGUUGACAGCCGUGUUGAUCCAGUGAUUGGCUUUGCUGACAGUGUGGAAGCUUGCUGUUGAAGAUCUGCUGAUAUCUGACUGUUAAUAGAAAUAAGAACUGCUUGUUUUACUGUAUAUUGUGACUGACUGUGUGUAUGCACACACUGUUGAGGUGCUUUUAUUCUGUUGUACAUUUGAAGUGAGCUGUUCAUAUUGGAGGACUUCUAUUUUUUUAUAAAGAAGCAUUAGGAAAAUAAAUGAUCCUGAAAUGAA